GUUCAGAACCCACCACCACCACCACCACCACCACCACCGUCGUCAUCUCUUCCUUCUCCGCCGGCGAGGAAAUGGCGACUUCCAUGGCGGCGUUCUCCGUCGCGCCGGGCCUGCAUCUCCCUUCGCGACGCCACACUAAGCUCGCCGCAUUUCGGCCCUCGUGGAGUUUCCCCAGAACGAUUCCGUGGAGCGUCAGGGUGGUCUGCGCCGCUUCUUCUUCGUCUGCAGCGUCGGGAAGUUCGAAUCCCAACGCGGACUUCAACCCUUACGAGGUUUUGGGCGUCAGUCCCAUUGAGGGAUUUGACAUGAUUAAAGCAGCAUAUACAAAGAAACGAAAGGAUGCAGAGAGAAGAGGUGAUGAAGCAGCUGCUUCCCAACUGGAAAAAGCAUAUGACAAAGUGAUGAUGGCACAAUUAAGCAACAGGAAAAAGGGUGUCACAUUUGGUUCUUUCAAGGUCUCGAAGGAUAUCAAAUAUGCUGAUAAGCAACCCGUUGUACCAUGGGGACCGAGGUUCACCAAGUCCAGUGUACAAGAUAUGCGCAUCAACAUGGCAAUAUCUGCUGUCUUCACAGCUUGGAUCGUAAUCAAACGGAAUGCUGAAUAUAAACCAUUGCAAUUUUUAGCAUUUGUAUUUGUGUACCGGAUCUUUGAGAAGUUGAAAUCAUUUGAACCGCCUGUAUCACCAACCUUUACGGAAGACGGUGAGGAGGAUCCAGGGAGAGGGAUGCGAAUGGGAAAACGGCUGCUUAGGUCUCUUGCAUUAGUGUUUGGCUGCAUCGCGUUUUCUUCUCUGGCAUAUACUGGUCUGCUGAACUUGAUUGAAUUCGUAGGCAGUUUUAUACCUGCUUUUCUUUACAAUAACCAGGAACUUCUAGUCACCACUUCGACGGCUAUCUUUCUCUAUAUAAUGGCAUCAUAUUAUAGAUGACGGACGAAUUUUGGUGAGAGUUUCACUUAUAGGUUGACUGUGCGUCAAAUUUUGCCAAAUCAGGUGUUCUUUCUUUUCUUUUUCUUUUUUUUAAUUUUGAAUUUUGUAUCUCAUCACAAAAACUGGUCUCGUUGACAUUAGUUGCGGAGCCCUCUUUAUCUCGUGGCGCAUUAUCAUAGGGGUGCUAUUCUUGUAACGGAAUGUUUAUUUUACGUAGGAAGUUAGAUCAUCGCUCAUUGAAGAUGGGAAAUAAUGUAGUGGACUGCUUUGAAGUCUCA